UAAGAUCUAGUAAACAAUUUCCGAAGCUACAAAACUUAAAUUGUUUUCCAAAGCAAUGGACGUAUUCACGGCUCUGUCUGCAGCACUAUUUAUUCAAAGGAUAAUUUGUGUUUCUCCCUUUUGUAUUAGUAGGGAUGGUGCUACCUAUUCAAAAUGGUACAUAUUCAACGGAAUACUGCAAAUUGUUGUAGCCUUCGUGAUUUAUAUAAUGAACUUCAAUGAAUUAAUUGAAAGGAAUCUUUUUACGCAGAGUAAUCUGCAAUUUUCACGACAGAGUCAGUUAACAAGUGUCGUUGGGGUAUUUGAAAUUGGAAUUACCUGCAUUGUAUUUAUUGUUGUUUUAGUGGUGAUGUAUGUAAAAAAGGAAAAACAAGUUGAAUUUUUGGAAUUAAUUCAUAAAACAGAUUUAAUCUUUGAGGAAACAUUCAAAAUAUAUCCGAAUAACAAUCAAAAAGAUAGAAAUAUUAGAAAUGGUUCUCUUCUAUUUUUCACAAUUUAUCACUUUAUUCUAUCAAUUGCCCUACAAUUCAUUACAUAUAGCUUUGAAUUGACUUUUCAGAGUAUCCUUAUUAUUUCUCUGUACAACUACCAAGUAUCCGCAGCGAGAUUUUCUAAUUUAACUUUUGUCUUUUACACGGAUUUAGUGAGAAAACGCUUUAAAUUGCUCGAACGGUAUGUACAUGGUGUAAAUUUGUCAACGGAACAAGAUUACCUACUUAUUGUUGAUAUAUUUACAACACUGCAAAAAAGUCAUGAAAUUUUAAAUGAUAUUUUUGGUUUGAUAAAUUUAUUUACCUCAACGCAUGAUUUCACAUUUAUUGUUUCGCAGCUUUUUAUUGUAAUUUGGAUUGCUAAUCAAAUGGAGAAAACAAUGGUUUUUCUCAAAUUUAUCGUUGUAAUCUUCUGGUUUGCCCCGAAUGUCGCGAAACUAGUUGUAGUGUCUAACAUUAGUGAGGCUACAGCGAGAAGUAUUAAGAAAUGCAAGAAUUUAUUGUAUAAAGAUAAAAAAGUUGAUAAGACCACAAUGGACAUUGUUGAGAAUUUUUCAUUGAGAAUGAAGCACUUUGAUGACAACUACACAGCUAUUAAUUUUUUCCCCAUUGAUAAUACACUCUUAUAUACGAUGAUUGGAGCUCUUACAACUUAUUUGUUUGUAUUUAUUCAAUUUAGAAUGUUUGAAGAGAAUUACACCGGAACUAGUAAUUCCAUUAUAAGUUAGAAAUAAAUAAAAAUUGUCAGAAAAAUAUCUAAAUUUUGCUUUGCUAAAAUGCUUUGAAUAUUAUUUUCUUUAAAAAAAAUCUUUAAAAUCCAUUUAAAUUUUUUUUGUUGCUGUGAAAUGGAAAAAAGGUCUUCUUAUAGAAUAAAUCCAAGAAAUCAAUAACAUCACAUUUAACUGAAAGAAUUUCCCUUAAUUUUUGCAAAUAAUCUAUGAGGAUGUUCAACUACUGGAAAUGCGCGUGAGUGUUCCCCAUUCAGCGUACAGAUAGUUAAUGUAAUCCACAACAAAUUCACGCUAUUACAUGCA